GCGUCCCGCAAGCGCGCCUCUCCCUCGGGAGGAGUGGAUCCCAUGACCACGCGCCUUCGAUCGGGAGCUAAGAAGGCUCGCCCAUCCUCUCGGGCCCGCAGCGGGAACUCCGACAGGAACGGCCAGAAGGGCGGCGGCUCGGGGUUGGGGGGCGGUUUGUUCAGAUUCGGAGGCGGCGGAGUCGGGGCGGCGGACGAGGAAGGGGGCGGCUGGAGCUGCGCGGUGAUGUAAUUUGACGACCGGGACGGGGGGGNACGGGGGGGGGGGACGCUGGACGGGUUUGUGUGAGUGCUGCUUGCUAUGUACGGCUUCUGUGCGCCCGUCCAAAGGGCAGAGGGGGAAGCGUUUCGGCGACAGAUUCCUAAGAGUAAAGGCCCGACACGCGUCGUGCGUUGAACAAGAGUGUCGGAGGAAGGACUGGACGAUUUCUGGAAGCGGGCGGGGCAAGUGCUGUGUACGUAGUGUAUGCGGUUAGGCAUAUAGAUUCGGUCGUUGAUGCUGUAGUUAGGUGUAGUUUUAAGGUUUGACACGUGGGGAGAGGGUUGGUUGCUGUCCUGUUGUUUUUUGUUCCAGCUUCAACCGCGAGCCAGCCCCGCUUUUUCCUGAAGCCCGCAUACUAAUGUACAUGCUUGCUUGUUGAUUACCAUGUACAUGCUUGCUGCUUGCCAUAGUUGGUGACCGUUGCACAAUUGCCAAGCGCAAUCUUGCUAUAUUAUCAUGCGGCUUAGCCUCUUCCUUUUUUCAUGUCUGGGUCUAAAGGGCGUUGUGUACGUUUCAAGGAUAUGUUUUUUUCUACGCACCUCUUCAUUAAGGUGUUCCAUUCCGCGAUCAUUUACCGCGGAUCUGUAAGCCCGCCCGUGCCAUGACUUGUAGAAGUAGCGGUAGAACACACCACGCUGUAGCGCCGGAACCUUUUUAAGCGGCGCGGAUCGAUCGCGCCCAACAGCAUGCGAGAAGAAGCGGGGGACAUGCUGGCUUUAAGUGCAACAAUGGCUUGCAGAGAGUAAGACACCGUGCCUCGUAAUAAGAUAGUGGGUGCACGGUUCGUCAGAUUGAUCAUGUGUCUCCUGUCGGCUUGGAGAGUUUGGGUGUUCCAUGGGUGAUUCAGAUAUGCCAACUUUGCAGCUGCGGCGUGCGUUGCUUCGCUCUACUUCAACAACUCAGGAGUUCGGCCCGCGUGUGUGACGCAUUUGGCCGGGGGUGGGGAGGAGGGGGCGGNGGGGGGGGGGGGGGGGGGGGGGGGGGGGGGGGGGGGGGGGGGGGGGAGGCUGGAGCUGGAAAUUUGCACCCCUCUUCAUUCGGCGGGCGUUGUUUGUUUGUUUUUUGUUUUUUUGCCGGGGACGGCGUUAACGGGCGGGUUGAGGGAUCGCUUUUCGACUUAUUUUCCUCUUUUCUGGGACCGGUGUUGAUACCCGCGUCUCUUUAGAUCGAAAUCGCUAAAAGUUUGAUGUUGAAGUUUCAGAACGUGUUGGAUGCCUGUCGCGAAAAAAUUCGCUGUUCGUGCCAUCCCCAAGGCUCGCCGGCCAGCCCGCACCACGAAACCACGAACGGCCUCGUCACGCAAGCACAUCACUCAGAUG